CCAUUCAAUAUAUUGGUAUAUUGGUUCGCACCCAAAAAGGUAUUUACACAAAAUAAUAACCCCAGAUCAAGAUGGCAAUUUUUAGAUCAAAAUCAGGAAAAGUCACUAAUGAAUAUGGACAGCCAGCUAAUAUUAAGCUUAGUGCUAAGGAUGAAGAACAGUAUAAGAUGCAUACUGGGAACAUCCAUGAUCCAAUUUUGACUGCAGUCAACGAAGCACAACCUUUUGAACAAGCUGCUGAUCAUUCGUACCAAAGAAGACCAUCGUAUUUGAGUCAAGAAUCCAAUGAUUUGAAAGAUAUUUUUGGUAAUCCAAUUAGAGGUUCAGACAUGUCUAAUCCAACUAGAUCAAGAAAUGAAAGACCUUUGGAUACCAUCAGAGGAUUUGAAUACGCCAUUACUGGUGAUGGUGCUUAUAGAGAUCAAUUAGAAUCAAAUCGGUUAGGUUGGGGGUUUCAUGAAGACUUCCCUCACUAUAAUUUAAAUGGUAAUUCCAAUCAACCCCAAGAUGAUUUCGCCGCUCGUCCUACAAUUAAUUUCAAUAAUAACCAAGAUCAACCUAUUUACCAAGCCGGUAACUAUAGUGCCACCAGCUUGAAACCCGAAAAAAAGAAGAAGAAGGGUUUAUUUGGUAGAAAAAAAUGAUUAUUGUAUAGUUAAGGUUUAUGUAUUAUGGUGUUUUGUAUAUG